CUCUCUCUCUCUCUGGCAGCACUCAGCUUUUUUGGCAGGAGUGACCAGAAUAAAAACAGCAACACCAGACAUAGAAGAGAAAAAAGUUCAAUGAUCCAUCGAACCAAAGGCUUUGCCCUUUCUUAAUUACGUCGUGUCCUGUGUCGUUUUCUUUUUUCCUCCCCUCUUCAUUUUUUUGGAGACAUUUUUUGAAGUGGUAAUUAGCUCUCUUGGAGAAUAAAACCAGCACAUUCGGGGAGGGCCAGUGCAUUCUGGGGCGAGAUGGCUAACAGGAGUGUUGCGUUGCUCCUUCUCGGAUUCUUCCUCUCCGUCCAGCUGAGUCCGUCGCUGCAGGGAGGAGUGUAUGUGCCACAGGCUGGAGGAGGAGGAGCAGGACCAGGAGGUGCUGGAGUUCUGCCAGGAGCUGGACUUUACCCCGGCGCUGGCUCGUCUCCAUACAAAGCAGCUAAAGCAGCAGCAGGAGGAUAUGGAGGAGCUGCUGGAGCCGGGGCUUUAGGAGCCGGAGGAUACGGAGCCGGUGGAUAUGGGGGUUAUGGUGGAUAUGGUGGUGCUGGAAGAUUCUACCCAAUGGCUGGAGGUCUGAAACCAGCUAAAUCAGGAGCUGGGCUACCAGGAGGAGUUCUGCCAGGAGGAGUUCUGCCUGGAGGAGUUCUGCCUGGAGGAGUUCUGCCUGGAGGAGUUCUGCCUGGAGGUGGUCUUCCUGGAGGUGCUGGUGGAAAGCCCCCCAAAGGGCCAGGUGUUGGAGGAGCUGGUACUGGACUCCCAGGCCUUGGCAUUCCUCAGACCGGUGUACAAGGACUGGGUCCUGGUGGAGUUGGACCUGGGGCGAAAGCAGCAAAGGCUGGAAAAGCACCAGUGCCGGGAGUGGGAGUACCUGGACCAUAUCAAGGAGGACUUCCUGGACAAGGCUUCAAUGGACGAGGUGUUCUUCCUGGUGUAGCCACGGGGACUGGACUCAAACCUAAAUCAGCUGCAGGUGGAGGGCAGGGACUGGUACCAGGUGCUGGUGGGCGCGGGCCGUUUGGUGGACCACUGCAGCAAGGAGUGUUUCACGGAUACCCCCUCAAAUCUCCCAAGGCCCCAGGUGCUGGCUUGCCGUACACUGGGGGUAAACUUCCAUAUGGUUAUGGUGGCUUUGGUGGAGGUGCUGGACUCCCUGGUGGGAAAGCAGGAGCUGGCUCCAAGCCUGGUUAUCCAACAGGGACUGGUGUGGGCUCUUUAGGGGUCUCUGCUGCACAGGCCAAAGCUGCUAAAUAUGGUGCUGGUGCUGGUUUAGGUGGAGCUGGAGCCUUUCCUGGUGGUGUUGGUGCUGGUUUAGGUGGAGCUGGAGCCUUUCCUGGUGGUGCUGGUGGAUUUUACCCUGGCGCAGUAGGUACAGGUGGUCUUACACCAGCACAAGCUAAGGCAGCUAAAUAUGGUGCUGUCCCUGGUGCUACUGGGAUUGGUGGCCUACCAGGUGCAGGUGGACUGUUUCCUGGGCCAGGAGUAGGAGGUGCUGGUGCACUCUCCCCCGCUCAGGCAAAAGCUGCUAAAUAUGGAGCAGGAGCAGUUCCGGGUGGGGCUGGGGUUCUACCUGGUGGCGCUGGAGUUCUUCCUGGUGGGGCUGGAGGAAUCUACCCUGCACCCGGAGGUGCUGGUGCACUCUCCCCCGCUCAGGCAAAAGCUGCUAAAUAUGGAGCAGUUCCUGGUGGUGCUGGAGUUCUUCCUGGUGGUGCUGGAGUUCUUCCUGGUGGUGCUGGAGUUCUUCCUGGUGGGGCCGGGAUUGUGCCAGGAGCUGGAGGAGUCUAUCCUGCGCCAGGAGGUGCUGGUGCACUCUCCCCCGCUCAGGCAAAAGCUGCUAAAUAUGGUGCAGGAGCAGUUCCUGGUGGUGCCGGGAUUCUUCCUGGUGGUGCUGGGAUUCUUCCUGGUGGUGCUGGGAUUCUUCCUGGUGGUGCCGGGAUUCUUCCUGGUGGUGCUGGGAUUGUGCCAGGAGCUGGAGGAGUUUACCCUGGAGCAGGAGGUGCUGGUGCACUCUCCCCCGCUCAGGCAAAAGCUGCUAAAUAUGGUGCAGGAGCAGUUCCUGGUGGUGCCGGGAUUCUUCCUGGUGGUGCCGGGAUUCUUCCUGGUGGUGCUGGGAUUGGGCCAGGAGGAGUUUACCCUGGAACAGGAGGUGCUGGUGCACUCUCCCCUGCUCAGGCAAAAGCUGCUAAAUAUGGAGCAGUUCCUGGUGGUGCCGGGAUUCUUCCUGGUGGUGCUGGGAUUUUGCCAGGAGCUGGAGGAGUUUACCCUGGAGCAGGAGGUGCUGGUGCACUCUCCCCUGCUCAGGCAAAAGCUGCUAAAUAUGGUGCAGGAGCAGUUCCUGGUGGGGCUGGGGUUCUUCCUGGUGGUGCCGGUAUUGUUCCAGGUAGGACUGGGAUUGUUCCUGCUGGACCUGGGAUUGUUCCAGGAGCUGGGGGAGUCUACCCUGCAACAGGAGGUCUUACACCAGCUCAAGCCAAAGCAGCUAAAUACGGUCUAGGUGCGGCAGGUGGAGCUGGUGCUGUUCCGGGUGUUGGAGGACUGUACCCUGGAGCAGGGGGAGCUGGAGUUGCCCCAGGCUAUGGUUCUGUGGCUGGGCUUGGAGGACAGCUUGGGGCUGGAGGGCUAGCAGCUGGAGCCAAACCUCCUAAAUAUGGAGUGCCUGGAGGAACAGGUUUUGGAGUACCCGGAGGAGUCCCUGGAGGAAUACCAAUAACUGGACCAGGAGGAUACCCUGCUGGAGCCAAGGCUCUUAAAUAUGGUUUGGGAAGUGGGGGUUUGCCAGCAGGGACUGGUGUUGUGCCUGGACUCCAGAGACCAGGUUUGGGGGGAGCCCUGGGUGGAGCUGGGACAGGAACUGGAUAUCCUUUUGGAGGAUAUGGCGCUGGAGCAAAACCACCUAAAUACGGAGUGCCUGGAGGAGUGCCUGGAGGAGUACCUGGAGGAGUACCUGGAGGAGUACCUGGAGGAGUGCCUGGAGGAGUACCUGGAGGAGUACCUGGAGGAGUACCUGGAGGAGUACCUGGAGGAGUGCCUGGAGGAGUACCUGGUGGUGUGCCUGGAGGGUACCCAGCAGGAGUUAAACCUCCAAAAUAUGGAGUUGCUGGAGGUGCAGGCACAGUGCCCGGGGCAGGAGGAGUACCACUUGCUGGAACCGGCACAGGACUGGCACCAGGAGCUGGCGUUGGAGGAUAUCCCGGUGGAGUCAAACCUCCUAAGACUGGCGCGGGGAUCGCUGGGACUGGUAUAGCAGCUCCUGGGGCCACACCUGGUGGCACGGGUAUUGUAGUUCCUGGUGUUCCUGGUGGCACAGGCAUUGCUGUUCCCAGUGGCACUGGAGUUCCUAUUCUACCAAGUGGAAAACCAGCCAAGCUUCCAACCCUGGCUCCUGCAGGGACGGCCGUACCAGGACCGACGGCUAUUGUAGGAACUGGCAAGGCCCCUGAGCCCAGUGGAGCACAGAGAGUGCCCGGCGCUGUUCCUGGCGGAGCUUACCCCUAUGGCUCAGGCCAAUAUUACGGUAGCGCUGGACCGUCUGGAGUCGGGACUGGUGUUUUACCUGGAGCCAAACCGCUGAAAGCCCCUGGUGUUGGAGGAGCGGGUGGUGUUGGCGGUGUUGGAGGACUGUAUCCUGGAGCAGGUGUUGGACUGGGAACUGGUGGCGUGGGAACUGGUGCUAAACCACCAAAACCAGGUUACGGCUCUGUGGGCACAGGAUACGCACAGCCAGGCGGUGUAGCUGCUGGAGGAUACGGAGCUUAUCCAGGAGGAUAUGGAGCAGGACUAUCCCCACAGCAGGCCAAAGCAGCUAAAUACGGUGGUGGACUGACAGGGUUCCUGGGAGGAGGGUAUCGAGGCGGAGCGGGCUGUCAGGGCAAAUACUGCGGCCGGAGGAGAAAGUAGAGGAGCUCUUGAGAUGUGAAGUGACCUCAAGAAACAUGGUGCUACUGCAUGCUCUAGAAUGUACUUCCGAUACUCAAACCGACCGCCCCAUCAUGCACAGGUGUUGUUUUGUACUGAUAGUAUAUAUUUGUAACAGAUCCAGAUCCCUGAAAGCUGGAAUAACCCCAGUCCUGUUCGUUUAUGGCACAUCCCGAUCAUGUCACUGUUCCCUGUCGCUCGCGUUCAUUCACCGGCUGCUCGUCUGGGGGCGCUCCCGACACCACACACAGCUCUCCAGCAUCCACAGCUCAUGGCAUUUCUCCUCCUCGUGCUGAAUACGCCACUUUAUCUGCCUGGGCAGGGCUUCAUCCAGAGGAAAAUAAACCACAGCAAGAAGAGUUGCAUUAUGGGAGCUUGAUCUCCUUCUAAGAACGUUUAAGUGACUUUCAUGAGCGUUUGUAAUAGUUUAAGGUGAAUUUUCAACAUCAGAAGAGCACAGAGCAGAGAUCAACAUCCCAUAAUGCAGUUCACCUCCGCUAAUAAACACUGAAUGCACACACUGUUCAUUAGCAGAUACUCCCACAGAAAUUACUCUGAAAAAACUCAAGCACAUCUUACACAGUAAUGCUGUCAUGGAGGGCUUUUAUUUUGAAAUGAUUUGUUAUCAGUGUAUAAUGUUCAUCUCAUGCUCUCAUAACCAUUAUUAAACCAUUAUUACUUAUUAAGGGACUGAAAUAAGAGAGGAAAAUGUUGACAAUAAAAGUAAUCUUCAGUGUUUAAGGUUGAAAGACUUGUUAGAGUGGAAUCUUCACUUCAGUUUGAGGAUGUAGAAGAGUUUCCUGUAAUGCUUUGGGUUUAGAGAUAACCACCGUGCAGCAAUGGCUGUCCAGUCGUCUCUAUCAACUGUAUGUGUAUCUCGUGAGACAUGCUCAGAAACGGCUCUUAUAGGAUGCACUGUAAAGAGUUGACUUCAGAAAAAUAACGCAAGUAAAGCCAUUGUAACUUGGAGCUGUUAAGUUGACUUGAUUUUUAGAGUUAUGCCAAUUGUACUCACCUUUAAAAGUCAACCAAUCCCUUUUACAGUGUCUGGCUAUUUUAUCAUGUCUGUUUUCAAAUAAUUAUCACAAUAUUGCAUAUUUGGUGCUUCAUUAAGUCUAUUAAAUCUACAAUUAUAGCCUGUGUUGAGUUGAGAGGACACACUGGAGUCUGGAGGAGCAGAUUUACUUUAGUGACUGUCAUUUAGCGAGAUACAGAAAAGCUGGAAGAUGAAUAUAAUACAGGUGCACUGGAAAAAGUGAUUAGCUUUCAUCUUUUUCAAUUGAGUACAUUUAGCAUAACUAUAAAAAAUUAAGUCAACUUAACAUAUCCAAGUUACAGUGGGUUUACUCACAUUAUUCUUGUAAAGUCAACGUGUUGUUUUUCAGGCACUUGCUUUACCCUUCUAGAGCUUAGUGGCCACAUCCGGUGACAGCACAUUUGAGCUCAUAAGUGUCUGUUCAAAACACUCGGAAUGCUUUAUAUUCUGUUACAGACACACAGGGUCAUCCUGCAACUGUUGUGCAGCACAUGAAAUGUCCCAAACACUAUUUUAACAGUCCAAAAGGGGGGUGUUGUUUUUACUCUCUGAUAGUCAAAACAGUCAGGAGAAAGUGUUUUAUGUUAGUUCAGACCACGAGUCCACAUGUAUGGACAUCACUUUUCUCUAAACGUACAUCAUAUUAAAAGAUGAUACUUGGGUUUUUAUUCUAAUUAGCUUCCAGUAAGCCCAAAAAGCAAAGAGAAAUAAAACAAUUGCAUGUAAAAUAGCCUCAAGAGGAGAAGCAACUGAUCACCUUUUACAGUGUAACUUAAGAGACUCUGAAAUGCACGACACCUUCGAGUUUAAGUUAGAUAAAAAUACCAAUGUGCUCAAACUUUUAUUUGACAAAAUCAUGUUGGACCGACUCAAUUGUGUAAAUAGUUUUGUUGUUGGUGCUAAACACAUUCAUUGAGUUCAUCAAACUAAUUUCCUCAUGAUGAUAUCAUUUCUUCUUUAAUCAUGUGCCAUGUGAGAUUCAGCCCCUCGUGGUUUAAUAGACAUCUUGACUGAGUUUAGUGGAAAUCUGAUAGAGUCAUUACUGGACGGCUCAUCAAACACAGACUGACUGAGGACUGUAAAACGUGAUUAGUAAAGCGACUAAACCAAGCGCCUUACAAGCAACACGUUUACAAAGAGAAUAUAAGUAAACCCAUUGGAACUGAUAAAUAUUUGUAUAAUUAUGCUAAUCACUUUUGUUAGAUAAAGUGAGCAAUUGUCCAGUGCACCUGUAUUAUAUUCAUCUUCCAGCUUUUCUGCAUCUCACUAAAUGACUGGAGGAGUGAAUCUGCUCCUCCAGACUCCAGAGUCUUCUCAACUCGACACAGGCUUUAACUGUAGAUUUAAUAGACUUAAUGAAGCACCAAAUGUGUACUAUUGUGAUAAUUACAGUAAUUAUUUGACAACAGUCAUGCUGAAAUAGUCUGACACUGCAAUAGGGAUUAGUCAAUUUUAAAAAUAAGAGUACAGUUCGCAUAAUUAUAAAAAUCAAGUCAACAGCUUCAAGUUACAAUGGCUUACACUGUCUGUCUGAAGUCAACGUGUUGCUAUUAAGGCACUUGGUUCAUGGCUUUACAUGACUAAUCACUUCUUACAGUCUUGUUUUGAUUUAGCCAAGACGUCUACUAAACACAAUAGACGCCCGCUGGGUUCAUGAACAUCCCCAUUAAUGCCAUUGCUGUGCUGGAGAGCUUGUGGACUGAUGAACGUCUCUGCAGAUACAGCUGUGCCACUGUUCUGCACUCCAGAGCUCAUGCUGGAGCUGGUGAAAUGGCCUGAUGCACACAGGUUAGCUCUGCUGUGAGGUUUUAGUGCAGCCAGCCAUUUCAGCAGCUCAGACCUGCUCUCAGAACAGUGGCACAGAAUGACGCAGCGCUGAUUCCUGCAGACUGUGUGAAGCAUGAAGAGCUCUGCUCUGAUUAUGCCCAAACAAGCAGAAGUGAGUGGCGUGCGGUCCGUGCCUGCCGUCAGCCGUGUCGAUCAUGCGCAUCUGAAGGGAGCAAACUGACAGUAAAUCUGUAAUGAGACCCUCUCAGAUCAUCUGACUGGUACAUUGUGUGUGUUGAUGAUGUCUCGUCUUUGUCCCGGGACCCGCGGGGACUGCAGUGCUUCCGUCAUUCCACCAAGAAUGUUUCUGUUUUAACGGUGAUGUGUUCACAUAGAGUUAGCUCAUAUACGCAGCACAUCCACGUGUAGCGCGCGGACAGUAGGUCGGGUCGUCACCAGCAGGGGACUGUACUUCAUGCUGAACUUGACUUGUUGACAUGCGAUGAUCACGUCUGUACUCUUCAUCCGCUUCCCUGCUCUAAAUAGCUUCGCAUUGUAGUCACUGUGGAACUUGCAAAACUGUGUGUGAUGUUUUAAGAUGCGAUUGCGUGAGUGUGUGUGUUUGAGUGUGUGUGUGUUUGUUUGUGUGUGUCCUGAAAGCCUCACUAGCCAAUGUAUUCUCAAAUGUAUAGUGUGUGUGUGUGUGUGUGUGUGUGUGUGUGUGUGCUAUAUUUGGUUGAUUCUGUUGUUGGGUGCAUCUGGAGAGACACUUUACGAUGUCUGAUUAUACCUGGUGCUGUAUUUGACCUGCCUGUGAGCCCGAACGGGUCUUCUCUGUUGUGCCGUGGGAUUUCCAUCUUAUUUAAAUAAAGGGGCGGGGCUAUUGCACUUUUUCCACAACCUAUAUUCUGACUAGUACCCGGAAAUCCCGGCAUUUUACCUGCUCUAGUGAAAAUGAAAUAAAGUAUUUUAAAUAAAGCCGA